GUUUAUGUUCAUCAGCCGGACCAUUCCAGCGUCAUUCAGCACAGCUACAGCCUCGAGUAUAGUCACAAAAAGUGAUGCAUUUGGUGGUCAUUCUCUUCAAAACUGAGAUGGAGGCUAUCAAAGCCCAUUCCAGGAGAAUCGAUAUGGUAGUAUAUCCCCAAUUUCUUAUCAGUUGAACAGUAGAAUCCAGGAAAAAUCUCUUCAAACUCGAAGUUUACUGCACAGGAGCUCUUUGCGAGAGGAGACACAUACACACAUUGCACAUUUCGUUACUGGUUAUUUCUGACAAGAUGAUACGCAAAGCACUAUCAAGUAUAGCAGCACUGAGGGCAUGUUCUGGACUGUCACGGGCGAGGUUCGUCGCUCCAACUGUCGUCGCUGGCGGGCGAUGGCAAUCCACUUCACCCACCGACUUAUCACUGAAUCCACGGGACAGUAGACACAGGCCCAAAUUGGUGGAGUUGAAAAAUGGGCGCAAGGUGAAAUCAACCUUCUCUGAAGCUGAGAUGGAGACGAGGGUUAGUAAAUUGCGACAUCACAUGGAGGAGAACGGAUUACUGGCUUGUCUAUUCACUUCAUAUCACAAUAUCAAUUACUUUAGUGAUUUCCUCUACUGCUCCUUUGGACGACCUUAUGGACUGGUGGUUACAGAGGACAAGAGCAUCAGCAUUUCAGCCAACAUUGAUGGUGGUCAACCAUGGCGCCGUACCUAUGGCGACAACGUCUCCUACACUGACUGGCAUAAAGACAACUUCUACCAUGCUGUAGAGAAUAUCCUUGCACCUUACAAGGGAGCGAUUGGCAUAGAGUUUGACCAUGUUGCUCUGGAGAACUUCAAGAAACUGGAGAGAGCUCUUCCUGUCCGCCCUCUGGUUGAUGUCAGUGCACACACCAUGAAAAUGAGAAUGAUAAAAUCUCCGGAAGAGCAGUUUGUGAUCCGACAUGGUGCUCGUAUUGCUGACAUUGGUGGAUGGGCAUGUGUGAAUGCUAUCCAGGAAGGAGUGGGGGAACACGAAGUAGCUCUUGCUGGAACUGAUGCUAUGGUACGGGAGAUCGCAAAGACAUUCCCACAUGCUGAAUUAAGAGACACCUGGGUAUGGUUUCAGUCUGGUCUCAACACUGAUGGUGCACACAAUCCAGUCACAUCAAGACGCUUAAUGAAAGGAGACAUACUGAGUGCCAAUUGCUUCCCGAUGAUUUCUGGAUACUAUACAGCACUUGAGAGAACCAUGUUCCUUGAUCACGUUACUUCUGACAGACACCUUGAACUGUGGGAGAUCAACUGUAAGGUACAUCGCAAAGGUCUAGAUCUGAUCAAGCCAGGUGCCAAAUGCAAUGAGAUUGCUCAAGAGCUGAAUGAAAUCUACCGUGAGAAUGACCUGCUGAAGUAUCGAACCUUCGGUUAUGGCCACUCGUUUGGAACUCUAUGCCACUAUUAUGGUCGAGAAGCUGGGUUGGAACUGAGAGAGGAUGUCAACACUGUUCUGGAACCUGGAAUGGUUGUUUCAAUGGAACCUAUGAUCAUGAUUCCUGAUGGCAUUCCUGGUGCUGGUGGAUACCGAGAACAUGACAUCUUGAUUGUCAAUGAAGACGGUGCUGAAAAUAUCACGAAGUUUCCAUUCGGACCUGAAAAACUAAUAAUCGAGGACGGUUGGCGAUACUAGGAUGCCUUAUCAACUCCAGAAACAUGAAGAUGCGCCUUCACAUACUAGGGAAAAAAGAUGAUGUCUGUCAGCGACAAACAUAACCAACGCUUAAUACUAUUAUUCCUAGAAUAAUGAAGAUAUGAAAAAAAAACGACCAAAAAUGUUAUAAUACAAAAUAUUUUUAAUAUCGAAAAACCGCGAGUUUUACCAGUAACAAUUUGUGUAUGAAUCUGAAAGUAAUCGGUAUAACGGUACACAAUGAACUUGUGAAUUAUUUGAACAAGUCAACAAGCCAUAUACCAAUAUGCUGUAAUGCAGAAAUACGUGCUAUGAUUGUUAGCAUUAUGAAGCUACAAAUACUAUUUUAAGUGAAGUCACUUGAACAAUUUGGUAACUUGCCGAUAUUCUAACCAGAGGACAAUGUUAGAAUAACUAUAUUUGUGCAUCACGACUGAACUCUUGUGAGACGGAUGCUCAAUGGAGAUCUGAUACGGUGGGCGCUCCAUAACGCGUUGGACUAGCGAAUAUGCAUAGCACUAUGUGUACACGUGAAUUGGACAAAACAUAUUGUCGGACAAUACUUCACGUUGCAUUUACAGAUAUGCUUCACAAAGCCUUCUUUAGGCAAAAUAUGUUUCAAAGUUUGGUCAUGUUCUUUUUUAUUUAGUUACUAAUUAUUAGAAGCGUUGGAAAUGUUUUGUUAAACAUAUACAAUAAUUAGCUGUUGCUCAUACAAUAUAUUUGCUGAUGUAAAGCACGAGCUUUAAAGUAGGCAAGCUUAUUUAAAUACAUUUCUGUGAUCAGUGUCUUCACCAGUUAACGGGAGAUAAAAAUCAUCGCAUGUACGUCAAAGUUCGCGUCAUUUAUUCCACUUCAGGUAACUGAUAUAUAUUAAAUUUCUUAAAAAAUAUCUACUAAUUCAAGCAUAUAAUUCUAAAAUCAGAUAAUGCAUCAACAUGGUGUUGUGGCUAACAUUAAAUAUUAUUUUGUUAAAUUUUACCACUCUGGUAUUUUUUGCUUUUAGUUUUAGCAUAUUUUAUUUGUAUCGCAAUUAAUUCUUUUCAACAAACGGCAAGAACGUCCAACCGCGACGAGGCGACACAAGUCGAUGAUCAGGGUUAAAUAAAUAAUAUAACAAACUAGUAUCUUAUUUUUGUCUGUCUACAUUCCUAUGUAUAUCAUAGAACUUGGAUUCUCAUUCUCUACUCUUACGAACUAAAAUUCAAACAAAAAUAUGUGGCAUCAAUGGAAAAUGAAUAUCGUAAUUUCCUUAAAGAUGUUUGAGGUAUUCGAUGUGACCAAUAGCAUACAUCAAACCUUUUUUUACACAUUCGUUUCAGCAAUUCAGAAUGAGGUAAUUUAGACAAAUUUAUUUUCUGAAAUAUAUAUUUAAUUCUAAUGUAUAUCAUCUGCAUUUGUAUCAAAGUUUGAUGUUAUUGUCAUAGUAAUGUGUUUUACCUAGCUUUUCAUGAGAUGAGGCAAUUUUGUUCUGUAUUGGCCUCAGCUUAUCCACAUCUCGUACGUGAUCGCUACCAACAAAUCACAAUUACUAUUGCAGCAAACUGCUCCACCAAUCAUCUAUUCAAAACGUUUCUCUGUAACGAAGAUGGUUAAUGUGCCCCUUAAAAAAUAAUCUUGAAACAAAGGAGGAUCUGCACAAUUUCAGAGAGCAGCUGAUUUAAAAGUAACCAUGUGGUAUAUAAUGUGGAAGCCAUAGAAUAGAAAUAUAAAACAGCAAUUUACAUGAGCCUAAAUUUUAUUGCAAUGUUUUACGGAUAUUUACUGCAAUGUUUGUAGUUUCCCAUUAGGUGUGUAUGCAAUACAUGCGUAUAUGUUUGCAUGCGAUACUGUUUAUUUCACAUUUAUCUCAUAUGAUACAUAUUAUAUUGUUGUAUUGCAAAUUAGAUAUUAAUGUUAGUGAUCGUAAUAAAAUAAUAAACUCGUAUUUCGAAUGA